UCGUUCGUCCAUGAGUGGGUAAACUACAAUUAACCCUGCAUGGCGGCCAGGUCGCCGUGCGAGGGAGAUCCUUACAGAGGUUAAAACUCACUGAAAUUGAAACGAUGCACCGCGGCGGAGGCGGCCGGUACCGUAAUAGAGGAGGCUCCUACAGUCGGGGCAACCGGAGCGAUGGACAGGCGCAAGCGGUGCGACUCCCUAAGGGCCUUUUCGCCGAUGGGAUUUGGAUGUGCAAUUGUACUCCUCGCUUGCCGGCUGAGCAUUUCAAGGUGAAGAAAGAAGGCAAAAACCAAGGCCGCUGGUUCUACACUUGUCAACAAGCGGAUCCAAAACGGUGCGACUUCUUCCUCUGGGAUGAGGAUGCCAAACCGCGGGAGGAAGCUGCUGUCUUGAAUAAUCGCCGUAGCGAAUCGGGAGUGCAGGAAGGCUGGGAUGCUGCGCGAGCCCAGCGAGCUGCUAGGACAGAUGCAAUGGGCGCUCAAGACAAUAGCGCGAGCGGCAAAGGCUUGUUCGCGCAGUCCGUGCAACAAGUCAAUAGACAGAACGGUGGAAAGGUGUUGUAUGCUGGGCCCGAGGAGACGGACAGCCCAACGCCUAGCCCGGUGUCGCAUUCCCCUACCGGGCGUCAUUCUGCGACUGCCAACUCUGGCACAAAGCGUACUGCUCGUGAUGCAGGAAUUGACGAGAAUGACGACUACUUCCCAUGGCCUCUGACCGGACAAGAGGAGCAAGAGAUGGUGAGGAGUGUUGACGUUGCAACAGAGACGCCUCGAAAGAUGCAACGAACUGACGCAUAUCUUACACCCGGAACCACUGGCCGGCGGAAGCUUCCAUGGCUGGAGCUUGAAUCGUCUGACAAGAACAUACACUUGGCCACACCAUCUAAGCGUACAAGCACUGUCUCGUCGACAGCAGAUCCCAGCGUGCAGACGCCAAAGGCAUCUUCAGCAUUCGCCAGCAGUGCAGUGGUCGAGGCUCAUUCUCCGCCUACACGCUUUAAAGACGGUCUACAUGAUCCCGCAGACUCCGAGAGCUCAUUGACAAAUGAAGCUCUUGCUGCUCUCGCUCCCGCGACACUGCCGAACGGGAUCCGGGACGCUGUUCGAAGCGUUCUGUCAAAGCACGACCUGAAGAUGCAAGGCAUCAUCCGCGGUAGAGACAUCUCAAGGUUGGCUAUUAAAGCCAAAGAUGCGAAGAUCGCGGAACUCGGUGCCAGAAUCGCAGGGCUCGACAAUGCCAAGGUUGUUGAGCUCCAAGCACGCAUCACAAGUCUCGAGGCGGACCGAGAGUUGGACAAGGCCAUUAUCAGGCAAUUGAGGUGGCAGCUUGAGCAUGGUCAAGUGGACGAAGACACUCAGGAGACGAUCGGGUGAGGUGGCCAUUACGAGAACAGGAGGCUGUAGCGCUGUUGUGCACGAGAUACCCAAUGUUUUCUACCCAUGUUCCUAAACGAUGCACAGUUAUUUCAACUCAUUUCACACAGAUCUCUUUCAAUAAGUCUGCC